CUCUCCUUCACAAAUAUCUUUUUUUUCCUUCUCUCCAGCUUCCUCUCUCUACUUCUCUCCCCAUCUCUAUAUACGUAUCCCUUUCUAUCCUCAUCUACAACUCAUUCUUACCGCAUUGUUUCUAUUCUUCUAUCAGGCCUCUUGACCUCAGCACUUCAGCAAUGGUCGUCUCUUAUUCUACUCCUGCAUUCACUGACAGUUUACCACAGGCCCCCUUUCCUACCCCUCCUGCUCACACCCAAUCCUCCAUGAAAUGCAACGGUAGCAGCAUCCAUCACCAUUCUCAUGAAUUCUGUCCUGAUAUUGAUCCUGCCAGUAUCCUCUUGGCCUCCCGCAAUGAUGUCCAACCAAUAUCACAGCCGCCAGUCGCAUGUACCAAUGUCCAUACGGUAUCCAUGCCCACUAUAUAUCCCUCGCAUUGCCUUCCUUCAUCGACUCUUGCCUCUUCUCCACCACGAUCGUCCAUGGCCUCGUCCUCACCCUUACCACCAUCUCCUUCGUCUUCGUCAAGGAACUCAGGGCAGUCCCUGACCUCGUUGACACCGUCUUUAUCUCCAUCCUCCAUCAUUUCUUUACAGCGUGCAGCACGCCAUGAAAAGAAACACAAAAUAUCGUCCACAAAUGAGUCUUCUUCCCAUUAUCACCAACAUCAAUUGCAUCAAAAAAAGCAACAAAAAAAGGGUCUUCAGCAUUGUCAUGGCCAUCAAGACUAUCAGGGCGACCAAGGUUAUAGCUGUCGCCGUUCAACAACCUAUAGAGACAGCAGUAAUGGCAAAGAUAACGACAACCAUCGUAGUAAUGAUGACAAUGGCGACAAAAGGAGCCGACAGCCAAGGAUAGUGAAUCGCUCUGCCAUCUUGACAGCUGCAGAAAUACAAACAGAAGGAAGAGCAGAGGGACAAAGAGGAAAAUCAUCUAUAGUAACAACCAGUAUGUGCCAGCAGCAGCAUCAUCAAGAGGAAACUCCCGUCAAAAGUCGGCUUCCUAACUGGGCCUUGUCUAUUCGCAAGUCAUUCCCUUGGUCAGCUCGUAAUACUGAUGAGCGCUCUGGCAUUAUUUCUUCACCUUCAUCUUCCUCGACCUCUACCUCUGCCUAUGUCUCUUCGGCAGGCAAGGCUUCUACUGUCACACAUAUGCUAUCGUCAUCCUCUGCACCUUCAUCUCUUGCAUCCAUAUCCUCUUCACCUGAUAUUACUCCAUGUCUAUCAACGCCGUCCGUUGGUAUCUCUUAUAAUAUCAAUAUCGAUAACACUAAUACCACUGCUAUAACCUCUCCACUGCAAGAUAUCCAAGGCCAAACGCAGCACCAAGACAAGAAUCAGGAAUCUGCUUCUCGAGCACUUUCAUCUUUAUGCUCUGAAAAGUUAGAAGCAAGAACUGCAGCGACAACUGCAACUGCAACUGUGGAAGCGAGAGCCAAAUCUACUAAAGAAGCCUACGCUGCUCACACCAGAACUGCAGCCAUCUCUACUGCUACGACCAAGAGAUGUUUUUCAAUCACUUUUCCCCAUUCGUGUUCGUCGUUCUUAGGACAGCCUAGAAUCCAGCCAUUGAAAGAAAGCCGAAAGAGAAAGAUCGGGUCUGGAUUGAUCACAGUCUUUUGCAUCAUAGCCGUUGUCAUCCUCGUCUUAUGCUAGGGGACUUUGAGCACACUCUUGCAUAGCCGAGUGAACAAGUAAGGGA